AUGGGAAGGAUCCUCCAUGCUGUAAUAGGAGCUAUCCUCAAGGAGGAGCACCCUAACAGCCGUCACCUUGGUUUCCACCUUCUGCAAGUCGUCCUCAGUACAACUGUGAUUCCAUCAUGUAUCCCUGGAGAAUCUGAAGAUAACUGCACAGCUUCAGUUAAGACAGAAGAAAAUCCACGUGUGGCCCAAGUAUCCAUCGUGAUGUGUGGCUCUGACAUGAACGGCUAUUGUUUGCACGGGCAGUGCAUCUACCUUGUGGACAUGAGUGAGAAUUCCUGCAGGUGUGAUGUGGGUUACACUGGUGCCCGAUGCGAGCACUUCCUUUUAACUGUCCAGCAACCCCUAAGCAAAGAAUAUGUGGCUUUGACCGUGAUUCUUGUUAUGUUGUUCAUUAUCAUAAUUGCUGGCUCCAUGUACUAUUUCUGCAGAUGGUACAGAUAUCGAAAGAGUAAAGAAUCAACAAAAGAAUAUGAAAGAGUGACUUCAGGGGAUCCAGUGUUGUCACAAGUCUGA